ACACACACACACACACACACACACACACACACACGCACGCUGUCAAACACCCACGCUUUAUUUGUUUAAUAUUAAACAAAGCACAUGCGUACUAAGCUAUGGUACAACGGGUGCGAGACCUAUGUGAUACAAUAGGUUGUUAUGCAGGCUUACUUAUUUACAAAUUAAGGUGCACUCCAUCCACAGUAUCCGGCUGUUGUUAAAAAGUAGCCCAGCACAGCUACUGUGAUAACUCAGACUUGUUCCGCUGUACGACAUAGUUUUCGCUGGAAUGGAAAUGUUGGAAUUUUAUUGAGCGUUCGUAGUUCCAUGACAGCCUUAAAGAUGGUUGAGACGCGGAGCUCCCUUCAAAGGGAGGGGGUCUACCGCUGGUUCUCCGUCCUGAGCUCGGCACAAAGAGCUGAGUUCCUGUGCGGGCUCCUAGAUCUCUGUGUCCCUAUUGAGCUGCGGUUCCUCGGUUCCUGUCUAGAGGACUUGGCCCGUAAGGACUACCACUCUCUCCGGGACGCGGAGAUCAAAGCCAACAACCCGGCGGACCUCGCGAACCUGACCAACAUCACAGACGAGGUGGUGAGGAGCAAGCUACUUAUUUCCCUCGCGCUUCUCAGCUCGGAUAAUCGGGAGGCGGCUGGGGUACUUUUCCGUACUCUGACACACAUUGACACCAUCAUCAACAACUAUGGACUACAGCUUAACGACGGCCAGACAGGCGAACAGUUCCUCUUGCUCUUCACCAUGGCUUCCAACCAUCCGGCUUUCAGCUUUCAUCAGAAGCAGGUGCUGCGCCACGAGCUCACACAGAUCCAGGAGAUCCUGCAGCUGACCGGUGGCGAGCAACAACAGCACGCGACUCCACUCACCCAGGCCUGCACCGUGCCCACGUGCAUAACCGCGCCUUCCAUCAACUCCUGUCACUCUGGCUGUGCUUGCGCCAGCACGGCUUCACACCGAGAGGUUGCCGUGGCGCCGACUGAUGAAAGUGUCCCCCCUGAUGCUCCGGAGGCGGCACCCGCAGCACCCCACACCCCGCUGGAGUUACAGGGCAAAGGUCAUGGUGGGAAACCCAAUAAAGUGUGGGUGGAGAGAGUGGAGGUCAGGGAGGUGCUUCAGAAGCCAGACAAGUCCACGGAGGCUCUGUUGCAGGUGGUCUGGUCUGACUCCAGCCAAUCCUGUAUCAGCAGAACUGCUCAGGAGCUGAAGGAGCUGCUUGCUCAGGUAUCUCUGCUCUUUCCUGAUGAAUGCUUUGAGAAACCCUCGCCCGUAUCUCCUUCCCAGGAGCCUCCACUUGAGCUGGAUCCCAGGUGGUUGUCAUCCCUUCCCCCUCAUGUCCUGAAGCACAACAAACUCAGACAUUUCUUCACUUCAGUGCCUCCGACGCAGCUUCCAAACAGCACCAGUCUGGGAUGUCUGCUGCCCUUCCGAGGAGUCAGCAGGGCUGUGUGUGGGGUUGCCAGUAUCCAGCCCGUAGUGAACGUCCCCCACGGUCCCCCCCUGCUUCAGAGCGCCCUGCUGCCCCCACCCCAUCCUCCCGUGCCUCCCCAGGCGGUCGGCAUGACGACGCUGCCCUCGGCGGGCGGUGGUGGCGGCGGCGGCGCGAUCCUGACGGACUGCGAGGGGGCCGUUCCUCCGUCCCCUCGCCCCCCCCACUCCGGCCUCACCCUCGCCCCUCAGCCGCAGGUGCCGGCCAAGACACUGUCGAACGUGCCGGCGCAUUCGCAUUCACACUCACUCUCACACACGCAGCCACUGCUGCCGCAUGCGUACUCGCAGGCGCAGGCCCAGCAGCAGAUGCAGAUGCAGAUACAGCUGCAGCCCCAGCAGCAGCAGCAGCAGCAGCAGCAGGCCAGCCCUGAGCAGAACUGCCUGCUCGACUGGCUGCGGAAACUCCGACUGCACAAGUAUUACCCCGUGUUCAAGCAGCUGACCAUGGAAGAGUUUCUUGCUCUCACCGAGGAGGACCUGAACAAAUACGACUUGACGCAGGGUGCCAAGAAGAAAUUGAAAACGCAGCUGGAACUGCAGAAAGAGAAGAGGUAUGUGGUUUCGCAAUUCCCAGUGUCCUGCGGUGGAGUUGCCAGAGUUACUCCUUCCAGCCAUGUCAGCCCCUUGACACACACACACUCCAGUGCCAAUACAGAGCUGCGGGUGGAGGUGGACACCGGCUCGAUGUCGGUACCCAGAGACAGCAGCUCCUCCUCGGGGUACUCCAGCGCCCCCAACAGCCCCAUGACCCCCCAGAGUAGGGACGCAGCCUCCUUCGACAGGUCCAAAGACCUGCACCGCCGUGGAGAGGCUGUGCUGGACCUGAGCGACAAGGACCGGACGGUUGCCGGCCGACCGACCGCGCAGGUGCUGCCCGUGCAGAACGACCCCGGCUCAUCGCUCAACCUCCCACCUCCGCUGGCCCUCGGGCGACCCCUGGCGUCGCCGCGGAAACCCCGACCCCCGCCGCUGUGCGCGGACGAUCGACGACCCGCGGGGGUGGUGUUGGGGGGGGCGUCCCGUCUGGAGAGCCUGUUCCCCAGCCUGAGCCUGGAGGUGGGCCACCACCCCCCCGUCAGCGGCAUGCUGCGCUCCCCGCCGGGGCUCAUGGUGGAGACCAGCUCGGCCCUCACGGCCACCUCCAACACCCUGCACCACGUCUCGCACCCGGCGCUCCACCUGCAGCUGUCUCCCUCCCUGCCCACGCGCGGCGGAGGCAGCAGUGGUGCUGGCAGCGGACACCCGUACCCCUUCGUCCUCUCCUCCUCCUCGUCUUCCUCCUCCUCCUCCUCCGGCUCCUCCUCCUCGUCCGCGUCCUCGCUGGCCUCCUCGUACUCCUCGUCCAAGUCCUCCUUCCCCGCGGCGGCGGCGUGGCGACGGCGAGCAGCAUCCCCAUGGUGGCCGUGCCCGGCAACGCCUACUGCGCCAGCAACGCGUCGGGCCUGGCGCCGAGCACCAGCCCCUCGUCCUCUGAGGCGUCCUGCUACGGCGUGUCCUCUUCCUCCUACUCGGCCCCGCCGUCCUCCUCCUCCUCGUCCUCCUCCUCGUGCGUGCGUGUGCAGCUCGUGCGGCUGCAGCGGGAACUGCGGCUCGUACGCGGCGUUGCCCACCAGCUACGCCGGCUACUUCCCCCACCCGUUCUCGGGCACGUCGGUCUUCACCCUGGGCCCGCUGCUGCACCUCAGUCCCCUGCUGACAGGGGGCGCUGCGGCGCCGGCGCCCUUCUCCUACCCCGUGGUCGCCCCGCCGCUCUACAACAGCAGCCUGGCUCAUGACGCGCAGCAGCAGCAGCAGCAGCAGCAGGGGCUGGUCCUCCCACCCAUGCAGGGGUUUUUGGGGGGCGGCGGGGGGAACGUCUAUCAGCCCCAUGGGAUGCUGGGUAAUGGAGGCAACCUGAAAAAGGGGGGCGGGAACGUCUCGUGUUACAACUGCGGCGUGAGCGGCCACAGAGCACAAGACUGCAAACAGCCACCCAUGGACUCCGCCCAGCAAGGCACGUUUCGGCUGAGGUAUGCCCCUCACACCGACAGCCAAGACUCAGGAGACUAAACCAGGUUACAGCCAGGGCUGGUGCCAAGACUCAGAGCUGAAGUGCAUAGUGAUGGAUACAUGCAAAAAGCCCGAAACACUCCCAAAUUCUCAAUGAUUUCAGAACAGAAAAGUCUAGUCUCUAAAAGGUCUACUUUGAUUUCAAUCGAUUUACAACUGCACUUCAGAAGUGUUCAGAAGUGUUGCAAUUUUUGCACACGCUUGUUCUCUAUGAUCCUUCCAUACCAACAACAACAAGGAGAAUACUAGAACCUCUACAGGUUUGGGUCAGUGGUCAUCUCUAUCAGCUUUCCCCAUAGAACCUCUGCAGGCUGGAUCAGUUGGUGACCUCUUAUCAAUGUCCUCUAUUGAGAUCUCUACAGACUGGACCUUUGGUCACGUUUAUCAACUUCCUCUGAAUUUAUGUUUAUCUGGGGGAAGAGGAGAAGAUAGACACAUCCAGGAUGUGCUCUUCUUUUUGGGAGUCUGUUUUGCUUGUGCGUGUGAUCUUUUUUUCUUCAGGGAAAGAAACUGAAGCUUUCAGACACUCCUUCUCCCCCACUCAGGUCGGAAAUCUCAUGAACUGAGCAUGAUCCUCACUCCAAGAAACCAUGCUGACUCUGGGAAGGAGACAGACGCAGCAUACAGUGGCCAUUUUGUUUUGUUUCUCUGACUGGAAUAGA